AUGAAGACCGUUCAGUCAUCAAGUCCAGCCCCCCUCGCAGGCACUUCCACCUCGCCGCAGAAGCCGCGCAAGCCCCGGGAGGUGGACGUAAACAACAUCGUCGUCCCGGAAGGAUUCAUCCACCCCCGCGACCUUCCAGCCUUCGACCCUUUCGCCGAAGACGAACCAGAUUGGAGGUGGGAGAAGCAGGAGGGCCAGUGGCGGAGCUACCCCUCCAACGAGUCGAUCGAGUUGGACCGAUACUUCCAGGCCUUCUCAUCAAGCCCUGACGGUCCCAACCUUGCGAAGCUGUCGCUCUUGAAGAACGAGGUUGUCGUGGACUUCUCCAACAUGACCACGCAGGCAGGGGAAGGCCGCCCCCGGAAGAUCGAGAGGCACGUGAAGACACCGGACUGGCUCAACAACCGCUACUUUUUCGAUGCGUUCACCGACACCCUGAGCAAGGCGGGCAUUCGGGUCGAGACGGCGCCGGAAGACAUGUUCGAGUUCCGCUUUGUGCAGGACUUUCGUGACACCAGAGAUGAUGGCCGCAAGAUGUUCAGAGGCGGCAAGGAGUAUCAUCUGCCGAUCGGCUGGAAGCGCUUCGCCGUCCAGGUGAAAGGCGUGUACGACGAUGGCGACAACGGGUGGCUUCGUGAGGACGAGAGUGGCUGGGCAGUGGCCUACCACGGCACGUCGAAAGAAGGCCUGCCCGGCAUCCUCUCCUCUGGCUUCCGCGUCGGAGAGAGGCAGAAGUUCGCCAAGGAGACAGGUGCCGGAGUCUACUGCACGCCCAUUAUCGACGUGGCUCAGCACUACUCGAAGCCCACGCUGCUGCGAGGGCGCAGCGUGCAGAUCGUCCUGCAGCUCCGCGUCCGGCCGUCAGCGAUCAACCCAGUCAAUGAUCCAAACGCCCAUGAGUUCGAGAGGAAGUACUGGGUGAUUAACAACCCCGAUGAUAUCCGCGCGUACGGAGUCCUCAUCAGGGAGCUGCCGCUGCGCGACUACAUCCUGCCUGAGGCGUAG